UUUACUAUGAGUGCGCGCAAUCUGUCACCUCUGCAUGCUAUCUAUCUCCUCAACUCCUUUCUCUUCUCCUCGUUCUCAUCGAUUCCCCUUCUUAACUCUCUUUCUAUAAUUCCACAACCAUCCUUUCUUCAUUUUCCUAAUUAUCUUCAAUAUUGAAUGCAUCGGUCCCUCUCAUCUCGUACACUGUGCUCUUCUUGUUCUCUACCUCAUCUAUCUCAUUCACAACUCAUUGUCCUUUUUUAUUAUCCCAUUUCUAUUUCUAAUUCUAAAAUAAGAAAAUUAAUUAAAACAUUGCAAUACCUUCUCUUAUAUAAGUUUAUUACUAGCUGUUACUUCCAAAUUGGUGUUGUUACUUACUAGAUCCAUUUUCUAUUUAUCAUCAUACAAAAAACAGAGAAACUAACAUAACAUAACACAUUAUUACAAAAACUAAAAUGAAAGAUUCAGAGAAGCUAAUUCUAAAUUCUGUAACUCCAACACAGCAACAACGAUCUACAAUACUCUCAAAUUCACCCAAGCUUAUGCUAUGGCUAAUCCUCUUAGUUUCUCUCACAUACUUUAUUUACACUCUCAAAAUCGUUUCAACUUCAACAAGCACAUGUAACCAUGGUCCAUUGACAAUCAACCAUCUCUCUUCCACCACCACCACGAUAAAUGCAGCACCAAACACCACUUCUAAUAUUUCUUCCUCUCAGAAAACAGAGCUGAAACACGUGGUGUUCGGAAUCGCAGCAUCUUCAAAACUCUGGGAACAGAGAAAAAACUACAUAAAACUAUGGUACAGAGAAAAAAAAAUGAGAGGAAUAGUUUGGAUAGACGAUAAAGUGAAUAGAAAUGAAAAUGAAGGGCUUCCAAUGGUGAGAAUCUCAGCAGACACAUCGAAUUUUCCUUACACGAACAAACAGGGACACCGUUCGGCAAUUAGAAUAUCGCGAAUCGUAUCCGAAACGGUGCGUUUAGGGAUGAAGGAUGUGAGGUGGUUUGUUAUGGGGGACGACGACACCGUAUUUGUGACGGAGAAUUUAUUGAGGGUUUUGAAUAAAUAUAAUCAUAAUGAGUAUUAUUAUAUUGGGAGUUUAUCGGAGAGUCAUUUGCAGAAUAUAUAUUUUUCAUAUGGUAUGGCAUACGGUGGUGGUGGAUUUGCGAUUAGUUAUGGUUUGGCGAAAGCAGUUGAGAAAAUGCAGGAUGGUUGUAUUAAAAGGUAUCCUGGACUUUAUGGUUCUGAUGAUCGAAUGCAAGCUUGUAUGGCUGAACUUGGUGUUCCACUCACCAAGGAAAUUGGUUUUCACCAGUAUGAUGUGUAUGGGAACCUAUUUGGGCUACUUGCAGCACAUCCAGUGACUCCAUUGGUAUCACUACAUCAUCUUGAUGUGGUUGAACCAAUCUUCCCAAACGUCACUAGACUAGAAGCUCUUCAACGUCUUACCAUACCAAUGAAACUUGACUCAGCAGGACUUGUUCAACAAUCAAUCUGCUAUGACAAACAAAAGAGUUGGACUAUUUCAGUUUCAUGGGGUUUUGCUGUUCAAAUAUUUCGUGGUAUAUUUUCACCAAGGGAAAUUGAAAUGCCUUCAAGAACAUUUCUCAAUUGGUAUAGAAGAGCUGAUUACACUGCAUAUGCUUUUAACACACGCCCUGUUACACGAAACCCUUGUCAGAAGCCUUUUGUGUUUUACUUUUCCAAGGCUAAAUUCAAUUCUUCAAUACAAAACACAGUGAGUAAAUAUGAAAGGCAUCGUGUUCCUCAUCCUGAAUGUCGGUGGAAGAUGGCUGAUCCUUCUUCUCUUGACAAAGUUGUUGUAUAUAAGAAACCAGAUCCACAUCUAUGGGAUAGAGCUCCAAGGAGAAACUGUUGCAGAGUGAUGAAAUCAAACAAGAAAGGAACCAUGGUGGUGGAUGUGGGUGUAUGUAAAGCUGGUGAAGUCAGCGAACCUUAGUUGUAACUUAUGACUCAUUGAUAUAAGGUUCUUGUCUAUAUUAAUUCUUUAUUUUUAUUUCUUCAUUUAUUGGGUCUAAAUGUGAAAUUUUGUCAUUUUCCUUGAAAUAGAAUGGGUUGUGGAAAGAAGGUAUGUGUGCAAAACAAUUGUAAUUUAUAGCUGUUAUUUUGGGAAAUUUUAAUUUAAUUUAAUGAAAUAAAGGAGAAGCUCAAUCUGUAUUUACUUGUCC